UCCCUGGCGGCGCGGGGUUUGCACCGCGCGGAGGCCGAGCCCUGGCACUCGGUCUGCGCGCCGGCUACAGAGCUGCACCGCCUCCCGGAGCCCGGGACGCGGCGCCCCGGGGAAGGUGGGCGCAGGGACGCGGCGAUGGCUCCGCGGGGACUCCCGGGGUCAGCCGUCUUCGCCGCUGCUGUCUUCGUGGGAGGCGCCGUGAGUUCGCCACUGGUGGCCCCGGGGAAUGGUAGCAGUCGCGCGUUGCACUCCAGAACAGAGACGACACCGUCGCCCACUAAUGGUCCUGGGAACGGACACCCAGAAUAUAUCGCGUAUGCGCUGGUCCCCGUGUUCUUCAUCAUGGGUCUCUUUGGCGUCCUCAUUUGCCACCUGCUUAAGAAGAAAGGCUAUCGUUGUACAACAGAAGCCGAGCAAGAUGUGGAAGAGGAGAAAGUUGAAAAGAUAGAGUUGAAUGACAGUGUAAAUGAAAAUAGUGAUACCGUUGGGCAAAUUGUCCACUACAUCAUGAAAAAUGAAGCAAACGUGGAUGUUUUAAAGGCAUUGGUUGCAGAUAACACCGUGAAUGAUCCUGAAAGCCCCGUGACCCCCAGCACUCCUGGGAGCCCGCCGUUGAGCCCCGGGCCCUUGUCACCGGGGGCCACCCCAGGGAAACACAUCUGUGGACACCAUCUGCACACGGUUGGCGGUGCUGUUGAGAGGGAUGUGUGUCAUCGGUGUAGGCACAAGCGGUGGCACUUCAUAAAACCCACCAACAAGUCCAGAGAGGGCCGUCCGAGGCGCCAAGGAGAGGUCACCGUCCUCUCUGUGGGCAGGUUUAGAGUUACGAAAGUGGAACACAAGUCAAAUCAGAAGGAGCGGAGAAGUUUGAUGUCAGUUAAUGGGAACGAAGGCGUCAAUGGGGAGGUCCCUGUGACUCCUGUGAAGAGAGAACAAAGUGACACUGAGAAGCAGGAGUGACUUUAUUUGAAGAGUUCUGAGAGACUGAAAAUCUAGGAGAUCUGAAGUUGCUUAGGGAAUAUUUUUUUAAUCUUUUAUACAGUUUUCAUCGUGGAGUCUGCAGGCAUGUGGAUAAAAGCUAAAAGGGAAUAUGGUUGCUAUGCUGGAUACAGAAUUCAGUUUGCUUUGAGAAAAGUUUUGGUUUAAAAAGUCUGAUGAAAAAUUUGUCCCAUUUUCAGGGAAGAAAAGAGUUCAUUUUUUUUAUCUUCCCAACCUCCGCCCCUCCAAUCCCCCAUCCCUGGCCUUGGUGAACACACUGUGGUUUUUCCAGUACGAUCAGCACGUACAGUGGAACUAUUCCUGUACAGUCUGAGCUGAUGCUCGAGGGUGUGCGUGUGCACACACACACGUGUGCACACUUACUUCUGUGCUCCCAGCCUUUACAUUCUGUAUUGCUACUGAUUCUAAGACGAUCCUGUUAUAGUUUGACUGUUACGAAGGAUAGAAGGUGAGUCUUUGGUUGUGAAAGCUCCCUGAAGAUAAUCUAGUCUAAUCCCGAGAAAUUCAUCCUCCCGGAGGUCAUGGAGUCGGAUGGAACCAGAUGCUAGACUUUGGAUUCUGAGACCAAGAAUUCAGCGUUGACUUCUGCUACCACCGUGCCACUCCUAGGUCACUCAUGAAAUAUUGUUUUUUUUUAAUUUGGGGUAACCAAUUCUUAUUUAGUCCAUUGAAUAAAGAGGAAAAAUGGUUUAAAAUCACUAAAACAAACAAACAAAACCCAAAAUUCUUGUUUUGACAACCCCAGGCCAAAACGAAACCAAAAAAACUCACUUCUGGUGCAAGCUGGGCCUGCACCCUCCCCUGACGUGUUUUCUUUGCUGUACUUGCUGCUUUCCAUCUUGUAACUAAUGUAACUAAAAGAUUCUUGGUGGUUACUUUACCCUGCAGGCCUGGAAAUUUUCUUUUAUCUUUACAGUUAACAAAACCCCUGAAGGAACCCGGAGGCAAAGAUAGUCCAUGGAUGGUAGGUCUGGGCUGGGGGUAGGGAUCCAGGUUCAGGGAGAUCUUCUGCCUCCGUGUCAGCGUGGGUGUGGGGCCUUGGGUGCUUCUCUCAUUUCACAGAGAAAGAAGUCCAUUUCUCAUUUGACUCCCCAAAGAUGAUUCCCAUAAAAAUGUAUUUUAAAGUAUUUGCUGUAAAUACACUCAUUCCAUUCUGUUUCUGGCAUCAAACUAAAAGUGUCUAACCUUUUAAAUGGAUGGUAGCUUCAAUUUCAUGUGAUUUUUACUGACAACUAAUUAAAAGGUGUAUGUGUGUCCAUAUAUACACACAGUAGACUAGAGGAAGUCAGUAUGGAAAUAAGUUUCACUGAGGUCCAGGAAAUAGCAAUAUAGGAAUUUUUUGGGUGUGUGUUAGUGUAAAUAAUGUAUGUGUGGUCUAGACUGAGUUUUAGUUAAAAACCAAAAAAAAAGCACUAUUUUUUGCUUUAAAAAUACUAUACCCUCACAACGGUGAGGGAAAAAAAUGUAAGAUAUUCUUCAGCUUUAAUUAUUUUUUAAUUUUAUUCAGGUCAGAGCACUUUUUUUAUAGCAAUACGACAGGCAGGAGAAUACUGAAAAAUAUUUAAAAUUGUAUUUAUACUAAGAGUACGUUUUAAAUAUUUUCUAAUACUUGAGCAGUUUUUGUCUGGCUGGCUCCCAAAUAUGCCAAAAGUUAAGCAUUCAAUAUUUUCAACACAAACGCUUUGUACUGGUUUAUAUCGUCUAACGAGAAUUCUUAAGUGUUCCCAAAGCACCUGAUGUUUACAGGUAUUGUGUUUUUCCUCCUUUUUAGAAGGAUUGGGGAUCCACAACAAACUUCCUAUAUAAAACACUAAUGAUGGACUAACUUCUGGUGUAAUCAAUCAGUUGGCUACCCCCUUGAUGUAAAAAUUUGUAAAGGAAAUUUUUGACCAUUUUGAGCGUCAAAUGUCUUUUUAACUGUCUGAUUUGUACUUUUACGACUUUUGUACUACCAAAGCAGAGUUAAAAAUAAAAAUGUUAAACACUGUU